GAACUCUCGUGUUCUAAAAGAGAACGUUUGGUCAUUUUGCCAAGGUGCAAGAUUUGUAUAAAAAUGGCGGAGCAACUACUUUUCAAUGCAAUGGCUAGUAGUGUGACUGUGUAAGGUGUACUUAACACACUGAUUGUUUUAGAAAGACAUUGGAGUGAACAUGCUUUAUGUUGAUAAUGGUGGAAAUCUAAAAACAAAGAGUUGACAAAAAGACUCUUGAAGUCUUGUCUUCCCUCUUUUGAAUCACUUAAGAAGAAAACAAUGUCCAACCGUUAUCGCCAGGACUCUCGAUCUCCCAGUGCAGUUUUUGUCCCCAUGCCAGUGGACCGAAAAGCACUGGGGAAGAGGAAGGUGGAGGCAUUACAACGAGAGAUUGAAAGGCUGGAGAAUGAUCAGGAGAAGAGAAAGGAACUCAUAGGCAAACUGUCCAACAUGCAGAGGACUCAGAGUAGAAGUCAGAGAGAACAAGACAGGCUUCUGGAAAAAUACAACAAGAACAAUAUGCUGACUGAUGAAAUAGAACGUCUAUAUGGAGAAGAUAAAGGAAGAAACAUUGUAAAAUCUCCUGCUAGCCCAAGAGUGAUAAACACAGUACUGGCACAGAGAACAAAGGAGUUUGCGAUGAAGCAGCAGGAGAAAGAACUAGAAACAAAAUACUUAUUGAAGGAGAGAGAGCGGCUGCAGGUUGCCAGAGACAGAAUUCGUGAGCAGCGCCGUGCUAUUCUAUCUCCUGCUGACAGUGCAAUGAGUGAACCUGACUACCAUUACCGAUCCACCAAGAUGGCCGAGGACUCGAGCAGGAUGAGUAUGCGGACCCCGAGACUCAAGAGCAGCAAGGUGCACAGCGUGGAUUCAUACGUCCAGAACACUAUCAGUUCACUGCCCCAGACCAUGGACAAGAUAGCACAGCUGAGACAACAGGUAGAGCAGCAUUAUGUGUCCUAUGAGAAGCCUUACCGUGGGGAGAUGGGGAUCCAAACCUACCACCCUCAUCAAAUGAAGGACUACUUCAUGGUGAGGGGUAUUGUGGAUGACGUAGUCAAUGAUUUCCUAGAUACCUUCUUCCCAGAGGCCAUCCCAAUGGUGGAAAAAGAGGCAUACUUUGCCACUAUAGAGCAGAGACAGAGAGAACGACAGCAGAGGCGUGAGACUGUCUCCGAGAGGAAGGCUGUACAGCUAGUGAUGGAGAACAUCAUCCUGGAUGUGACAGGGGAUAUGAGUUUGGACGUGGCCCUAGAAGACAAGCACGCUGAGGGAACCAUACAAAACAUGGUGGACAUGAUUAUCAUGAACAGAGCUGAGGCUGUUGCCAUGCAGAAUGAAGAGGGACGUCUCUCCCAUGAUAAAGCUUACAAUGUGGUUACAAAGCAGUAUUAUACAAGUCAAGACACGAGGAAUGCUAGGCGUCCAGACUUGUUCUACCAUACAACAAACUUGUCCCUGAAGCCGGAGGCAGACCCUCAAAGGAGAGUUAAGAUACCCCCAGGGUUUGUUCCGCCUCCUACCACAGACAAGGAUAAGAAGGUGCCGCCCUCCAAGAAAGACAAGAAGGGCAAAAAGGACAAAAGACCCCCCACUGAACCUCCCCCCUCACAGCCAGUGUCUGUCAGGGUUCCUCCCCCAGAAGAGAUUGUGGUUGCUCUUGAGCGAGAGGACCCCGACACCAUAGUAUUAGAAUACCAUCCCAUCAGCCCUGUGGACAUACGGAAGUAUGAUCCACUCCCCACGGAUAUUCCUGAAGUCAAAAUAGUGAAGGAGAAGUACAAUUCUUAUUCCAAAAAGGAAGUUCAGUACUGGAGGAAAAUAGUUCCUUACAUAUCAGAACUAAAAAUGCCCAAACGAGUCAAAGGUGUCAGUGUAGUCUCAUGUUCCCCCAACAGUAAAUAUGUGGCAUUUGGAACCGUUAAAGGUGAUGCUAUGAUAUAUGACACAUCAUAUGAUCCUUGGCGACUCAUCAAGGUCGUCAUCAAUGAGAAUAGUGGAGAUGACCCCGUUAUUGACGUUUCCUGGACGUUGGACUGCCAGAGGUUAAUCACCAUUACUCACACUGGAAGUUUGUUUGUGUACUCCAUUCUGGGUGGAGUGAAGAAAUCCAACACCAGCAAGAUGGGGUUAGGAGCAGAUGACACUGGUGUGUUUCCUCAACAGAUGGGCCUGGUGCUAGACAUGGACUCUGCUAUGAAAGACUUCACAUUCCAAGAAGGUCACUUGGCUGAUGAAGGAGUUUUAACAGAUGUUCAUUUUCCGACUGUUUCUGCUUUCUUUCCAUCAUUCUCAUUUCUGGGAGUCCAGGACAGUUUCUGUGUUGGCUUAGAAAAUGGAGACAUCAUUAAGUGUGACCUAGAGUUUGUACUGAAUGCCCCAGGUGAUGAAGAUACGCAUGAAUAUGUGGAAUCUAAGAGAAUCUACAACCCCAUGCUGACAGCAGCUUCCAAGACUUUAAACAUAAUUGGCCGAGGUGUGGAGGGUGAGCUCUUUAAACAGCACAAGACGAGGAUCGUCCAUGUUAGCUUCAUUGACUAUGUAAACGAGCUGGUGACUGUGGAUGAGGAAGGCUACAUCUUCAUCUGGAAAUAUACAAGAGAGUGGAAAGCCAGUGUAGGAUGGUUUAAGCCAGCUCGAAAAUUCCGACUGUCCAAAACAAAAGAUAUGUACCAGCCAACAGAGAGCAAACCAAAGGAUAGAACAUACAAGCUUGUCUUUACUGACCAAACUGCGUCCAUGCCAAACAAGAAACGUGCGAGAACCCGCCAGGAAAUAGCGAAUGAGAGACUGCAGAACACAAAUUUAAUUCUUAACAUGAAUCUUGGUGACCCGUGGCAUGUUGAAGUUCAAGGAGACAAAUUGACAGAAGUGUACGCCCCUAGAGGUGGGGUGAAGGACACAGGAGCAGUGUUCCACAUCAUCGUCAAACAUCUUGCCACGGACCAACUGUCAUCAUAUGCCACUCGAGUAUACAAACCACUCAAGAUCAAAUAUAACAAGAUGUCUGUGAUUCCAACUGCCAAAGGAGAUGCCCUUAUAUUUAUGUUACUUUUCCCUUCUUAUCCCCCUAAAGAGCCUCAUGUGACCAUAACAAUAUUUGAUAUGAAGUCAUUCGAGUUGCGAGAUUUCCGCCGAGACAUUUAUCUCUCUGAAGCGGAGUUCACAGAAAUGUCAAAGAAUGAUGUCACGUUUGCUGAUGUGAGCAGAGUGUUUGGACCAACAGGUUCAGAGUAUUUGUUUAUAUGUCUCCUUGGAGAUUUUAAGGUCAUCUCUUUAACAACUGGGCGACAAGUGGUCAAAAUGGAGGAUACGUCCGUUAGAUCUGAUAUAUAUGAUGACCCAGCUUACAGGGGCUGUGUCAUUGACACUGAGGAACUUGUUCUGGAUGAAAACUCACAGGUGUCGGCCUUGUCAACCAAUGGAAAGAUGCAUGCUAUAUUUCAUUCUUCUCAUUCUGGCCGUGUUUUGUAUGUGGAGUUUGAGGAUGAGAAUAUCAAAGCCACCAGACGACAGAUGUGGAAGUUGUACGACAGACUUGAGCCUGAGAAGAAGCGUCUGAUGCCGGCUGAACUGAGAGUGGACACAGUGACCAGUGAGUUGGAGGACAGACAACACCCAUCUGUAAUGAUGAGGUCAAUCAUCAUGGAAACCAUGGACAAUGCUAUCCAGCUCUCUCACCGUGCCAAGUACAACGAUGAACAGAAGGAUGAUUUUUUGUUGUGGGACAGGGUCAACAAUUACAAAGUUCUGGAACAACCGAUAAACAAGGGGAAUAUUCUGACUGGAACUUGAUACCAAUAUCAAACAAGUGGGAAAACUUGAUAAUGACCUGCCAUAAACUGGAAUCAGAAACCCAGCACAAGAAACUUGACUAGCUGGUGUAAUCUUUCCAGUUACUGCUUCCAACAACGACAGACUCAGUGAUGCCCCAAUACUCAUAUUUAUUAGCAGUUUCUGUGAUAUUCCAAUGGUGGAUCCAAAGAAUCUGAAACCUUUGUGGUGACUAUUGACUGAUAUUUGACUUGUGUUCAAUACAGUUCUGAAAGUACUUGAGAAUUUGUCCUUCUUGCUAUUUUGACUUCAGGCUAGAUGACUUAGAAAGUUUUUUUUUCUUGUGCCAUUUUGAACUGUUCAUGAUGUACUAGUUCUAAGGUAAAUCAUCUAUUAUUCAUGAGACUUUAUAUCCAUGAUAUAAAGGCUUUGUGAUUUUUCACAAGGCAUUUUUUGUGAAUUGUCCAAAUGUUACAACUGGAAUGAAAGGUUGUUAAGAGUUUCUCUCCAUUUCUUAAUUACAAUACAUGUACUAGUAACCAUGAAAACUAAUCAUUAAUUCUUUAUCCGUGAGGUGGUCAGUUUGUACUUACACACCGAAAAAGUUGAUAUCAUUAGCGCAGACUGAUUUCUGAAAGCAUAAAAAUAUCUCAUAAUUACAACCAUUCCAGAAUUUAAAAGCGAACAUUACAAUAAAAGAGAUCUGGAUCGGUAUUCUCAAAGCAGGGGCAGGUCACUCUGAUUUACUUCCUGAUGGUUUGCUUUACAAAUCCAGUAUAUGUUACAUGGUGACAUAUUUUUGCCACUUCAGAUAAUUAAGUUGGUAAGCUUUGUUUAUGUUACUUUAAAGCUAGCAAUCCUUCUUUAUGAUAAACUUGUAUAACUGUAGACUAGUAACUUAUUGUCAAGGAAGACAUUACUUUCACAUUGAGAGGAUCUUGUGUACCAACACAUACAUGUAAAUAAAAUUCUCAUGAAUAAAACAUGAUUUACUGUAUGCAAUAUGGAUGUAUUUAUUGUUUAUGAUAAUUAGAUGUUGCUAUUAUUUAUUAAUGAUUGCUAUUAUUUAUCAAUGAUUGCUAUUAUUUAUUAAUGAUCGCUAUUAUUUAUCAAUGAUUGCUAUUAUUUAUUAAUGAUCGCUAUUAUUUAUUAAUGAUUACUAUUAUUUAUUAAUGAUUGCUAUUAUUUAUCAAUGAUCACUAUUAUUUAUCAAUGAUUGCUAUUAUUUAUUAAUGAUUGCUAUUAUUUAUCAAUGAUCACUAUUAUUUAUUAAUGAUUGCUAUCAUUUAUUGAUAAUCAUGUAAACAGACUGUAGUAAUGGAUGAUCUCUUUGUGCAUUCAUCUGAAUAACAUUACAGACAUUGUUUUAUGUUUCCAUAUAUGUUAUACAAAUCUUUAUGUUAAACAGAAUCUCUACACCUGUGUAAGUGAAAUGACGUAACACAAUAUAUAUUUUUAUACACACGUUUCUAUGGGAACAUGUAUCUGAUUCCAUCGCCUGGUAGCUUCCAAGGAACUUUUCUGACAGCAGCAAUUUUUGUGUUGUGCUGUAUUUAGAUUUUUAACUUUUCUGACAGCAGCAAUUUUUGUGUUGUGCUGUAUUUAGAUUAUUAACUUUUCUGACAACAGCAAUUUUUGUGUUGUGCUGUAUUUAGAUUUUUAACUUUUCUGACAGCAGCAAUUUUUGUGUUGUGCUGUAUUUAGAUUUUUAUCACACCUUUACAAGAGAAUUUUUAUUUACAGUCAGGCCUCACUUACGUAGAUGAGAAUAACAAAAAUCUUUAGGUUUGGGAUGAUAUUUUAUGACCCGAUAUUGUACAUGUCGUUUAUCCGGAUGGUUCUUUAAUCCAUUCAGUUUUUCUUAAAACUCAAAUGUUUUGGGAAUCAAGGCUCAACUGUACUGCAAUGCUUACUACAUUAUGUUUACAACACAGGUAAGCUUAUGUCUAAGGCUUUAUUUUUCCACUGACUAUAAUAUCAUCUAUGUAUUAUAUAGAUAAAUGGGAGCUUGUUACUAUAUUGUUGCAACUACUGUGCCAAAACUGAGUGAUUGCAUAUCAGAUAUACUGUUGAUGAAGUGAAUCAAUUUGAAUGUAUCAAUAAAGUGUGGUGGACAUCUCAAUAUUCCGUCCUUUUCACAGAAUGAUUGAUUUGUUAUUUUAAAAACAUUUCACAUUAAAUUCAGAUUUUAUUCACUGAAAAAAAAUCAGUCUUGCAGACACUCUCAGAUUAUUAUAGAUGGCUGUUUAUACAGUAGUUUCUGUUUUUAAAAGGAGAAAGUAUGUUUCUCAACUUACUUGCUUUUAAAUGGUUGGAUGAUUCCAACUACAGAACAUACUGUCUGAAGAGCUUUAGUCUUUAUUUAAUUGUAUUGUUGAGUGUUAUUGUUUUUGUGUACUUAUUGUAACAAAAUAUUCACCAAGAUCUUUUUAUCAGUUUUUAUUGUAUUGAAGAAUUUCUGUACUUUAUAUAUAUAUAUAUAUAGAUAUUUGCAAUCAGAUUAUUCAUCACUUUGAAUGUUGAAAUAAAUGUAUUUUUUAUAAUAUUAGAAGAACAAAUAAAUGGUAGUCUCUCUACUAGAAGUUUGUACACGGGUAAAUUUUACAUCCAUUUCAUCAUAUUUGAUUCUUGAACAAACUACAUGUAUAUAUUUCAUGUUUAUUUCUCUUUAUUGAUUUAAAGAGUUCUUCCCAAAUCUUCCACUUAAUUCCAGUCAUAUUUCAUGUCGAAAUGUUAAAUAGGUUAUCUAUAACUUCUGUUGAACUUUCUUGCAUUGUUACAUGUUUAUGAUAUACAUGUUGAAAAUAUACAAUAUUCUAUAU